AUGGCUGUCUCUCAUUUAUCAUGGCUCGAUGCCCUUGCGCAGCAGACUAAUGUCGACAUUGACUCCAUGGACCCAACCUCCACUCUGAGCCUACUGCCCAUCAUACCCCAUGAUAUGACAAGCAACCAAGGCUAUGUUCACGAACAGAUGUGCCACCCCGCCAACGAAAACCUGUUUCGGGAUGUAGUGAAGGAGUACAAGGACCAGGGAUGGGAGGAAAUCUAUGCACGAAUGGUGGCUCUCAUGUGCAAGGCCAAUAUUGAUAACAUCAAAGGGCGCGUCCUUGUCCAAACGCUCCCGACCUCGGCCUACGAUACAGAGAAGACCCUUGAGAGCGCCCGCGCCUAUGCGCGAGAGUUCGAAAAGGUUGGAAUUUCGAAGGACCAAUUCUGCAUCAAAAUUCCGUCCACGGGCCCGGCGCUAAACGCAUGUCCAAUCCUGCUCACCGAGGGAAUUCGUACCCUUGCUACUGCUGUCUUCAGCGUACAUCAGGCAAUUGCGGCGAGCCAGGCUGGUUGUCUGUAUAUCAGUCCUUAUUACAAUGACAUUCAAGCACACAAAGAUCCGCAAUUCUGGCCCAAAACUUCGGAUCCGGCGUUGUUGCACCCGUUCUCUUCACGGUUUAUUCAAAUUCUGGAGACGUAUAAGAGACUUUACAAAGAGACCGGCAAGGAACAGCCGUUUGUAAAGCAUGCUGGAUUCCUUUCACCAGAAGAGGCAAUGGCAGCGGGCGAGAUAGGAUGCCAUUCCGUGACUAUUCCAUACCGAAUAUUGAAAAAACUGUCCGAACGGUCUUAUGACAGCUCGCAGCAACCUGGAAAAGGUGUCCCCAAGCCAGAUCAUCCAUAUUUGGCAGCAGCACCAACUCCUGCCCGUUUGCAGACGAUUGCUCAGUUGGAUCCGCUGGCACCUAAGACAUGGGAUGGAAAAUUAGCGAGCGACAAGAUUGACUAUCUCGCGGAUGGGGGAGCCCUGUUGGACAAGUCGAAUGACGCAGAUCCAGAGACCAAGAGGAGACUCCACGAAGCUUUGGAAUUUUUCAUUGAGAUUGAGACUAAGAGCCGGGCAAAAAUUGAGGAGGCUAUGAAGACCGUCUGA